AUGGUUACAGUCCUGUUGUGAAUCUCUAGCAUUGCAAGCAGACUGGCAGGCGCACAUAUCCAAUCUCGGUUUUAAAUAUUUUAAUUUUUUGGGAUGUUCAAACUACUUUUCCAACUGGACACCAAUUGGACAUGAAUAUAUAUAGGCUAUAAAAAACUCUUCAUCCGUAUAAAUAAAAAAGAAAAGAAAAGACUAUAUUAUUAUCAUUAAUAUCACGCACUCAACUUGUUAAAGCUAAGGAAAGAUUAAGUAAACUCUAGCCUAUAAAACAUCCAUGUGAACUUCCUCUAUAUCUGAUUCCGCCUCCGUCACAUUUACAGCGAUUAAGGACACACAAUACGUCCUCUCCAGUCCCAUAUCUACCGGGAUCCUUCGGGGGGGAAAGUGGUCCUGCUUUUGGCCACCUGCCCCGCGACACCUGGUAUCCGAUACGGCCUAUCUGCGCAUGCGUAAUAGCCUGCCAAAAAUCCCAACGCUGUCUCGCUUGACAACCAAUAGUGUUCCAAUCUGUCCACAGAUAAAGUCAGAGCAGCGUGGAGCGGAGUGAAGUGGAGCGGUGGAUUUCGGACCCGAGCAGCACUGAACCAAAAAAACAACAACAUGCCGAGGUCUUUCCUGGUGAAGAGUAAAAGGGCCCACAGCUACCACCAGCCCCGGUACCUGCACGAUGACUACAGUGGACUGGACACUUUUCUGGCACACGAGUGCGCAGACACCAGUUGUACAGUUCAUCAGAUUCAUUGCUCUCCUCUGCUGUCUUUAGAGACCAAAUCUCAGGAGGAGUUUGAGUCCAACUUGGAGCCGCAGGAGGACGUGGCCGGCGGCGCUGAAAGACUGUCCCCCGGGUCCAGGCUGCUGUCCCCGGGGUCACUGUCCUCCAGCUCCCCGGUGAGCUGCGGAGGCAGCGUGUGUGACAGAUCCUCCGACUGUGAUUUCUGGCGUCCCCCGUCUCCUUCCUCCUCGCCAGAUUCAGAGAAAUGUUCCACUCCAGCAGCGGGGGACGGCCAACACUUUAAUGUCCCGCUCUUUCCUUACUCCUGGACGGCGUACUCCGGCGCUGAGCUGAGGCAUCUGGUUCAGGGCCCCUAUCAUCGCCACCUCCAAGGCCCCAGGGAGCCUCACAUACCCGUCAGCGUCUACGGUGCAGAGGACAGCGGCGUCGAGCCGCUUUACGCACAGCGGGGCCCCGUGGCCGGAUGCUACCAGGACUUUCCUUCAACGGCCCACCAAAUGUGCAGGAUACGGACUGGAGACGAGCUGUAUGUGGAUGUAAAACAGAAGCCCCGCGGUGCGGAGAUCAAGUCUGAAAAUGACCUAAUUUGCUCUAACAUCGACUCAAAUGGAUCCUAUAAGUGCAUUAAAUGUUGCAAGGUGUUCUCCACGCCUCACGGGUUGGAGGUCCAUGUUCGGCGGUCGCACAGCGGGACGCGGCCGUUUGAGUGCGAAAUCUGCGGGAAAACCUUCGGACACGCAGUGAGCCUGGAUCAGCACAGAGCGGUUCACUCGCAGGAAAGGAGCUUCAGCUGUAAAAUCUGCGGUAAAAGCUUUAAGCGCUCCUCCACGCUGUCCACGCACCUGCUCAUCCACUCGGACACGCGUCCGUACCCGUGCCAGUACUGCGGGAAGAGGUUCCACCAGAAGUCCGACAUGAAAAAACACACUUUCAUCCACACAGGUGAGAAGCCGCACAAGUGUCAGGUGUGCGGGAAGGCCUUCAGCCAGAGCUCCAACCUGAUCACGCACAGCAGGAAACACACAGGCUUCAAGCCUUUCGGCUGCGACCUGUGCGGGAAAGGUUUCCAGAGGAAAGUGGACCUCCGGAGACACAAGGAGACUCAGCACGGACUCAAAUGAGCACACUUCGACCCUUUGAAAUCCUGCGCUUCGAAUGUACUCGAUGUCUUGCCCAUAUUCUCCCGAAUGUUACAUCAUACAAUUAUUAAGCCUGAGAUAUUCUGGUUGAUUUGAUGGAAAUAAAGUUUAUUUAUCGAGUGUGUUUUUACAUGAUUAUUCAG